AUGUCUCACAACAACGAGGCUGUCGGGAAGAGCCUGUCAACGCAUGCAGAGUACAAGACUGAUGACAAUCCUGCGAGCGAGGAGCUUGAGUUCCUUGCCAACCUGCCUGAACAUGUCAAGAAGCAGGCUGUCCGCAAGGUCGACGUCCGCCUGAUGCCGAUGCUCGUUCUCCUGUAUCUCGUGGCGUACCUCGACAAGACCAAUAUAGCCAAUGCCAAAAUCGAAGGCAUGGUCGCCGAUCUUGGCAUGAACGGUGUCCAGUACAAUGUCGCCGUCUCUGUUUUCUUCAUCACGUUCGUGUUGGCAGAAGUUCCUAGCAACAUGAUUCUGCACAUAUUCAAGCGGCCCUCGAUGUACAUCGGCGGCAUCGUCUUCGCUUGGGGCGUCAUCAUGACCCUGACUGGCAUUGUGCACAACUACGCCGGUCUCAUUGCUAUCAGACUCUUCCUUGGACUGUUCGAAGCCGGUUUCCUGCCUGGAGCGAUCCUCAUCAUCAGCAAAUGGUACCUUCCUAACGAGACUCAGACGCGUAUCGCCGUUCUGUACACCUCUGCCGCUACAGGCGGUGCCUUCUCUGGUCUGCUUGCAUUCGCCAUUGCCAAGAUGGACGGAGUGGCUGGUCUUGAAGGGUGGAGAUGGAUCUUCAUUCUUGAGGGCAUCUUCACUGUGGCGAUUGGCGUCGUCUGCUUCUUCUUCCUGGUUGACUCGCCUGCGCUCUCCUCGCGCUGGUUGACUCCUGACCAGAUCCGAUAUCUCGAGGCGAGACAAAAUGUCCGAAGGCUGCUUGCCCCCAACGACUUCCGGGACAAGCACUUUGACAAGCAAUCUAUCCUUUCUGUCAUUGGUGACUGGAAGAUGUACCUGCUCAUCUUUGCAAACUGGUCAAACGCCGUCCCCAACUACGCCAUGAAGUUCGCCAUGCCACAGGUCAUCAAGGGCAUGGGAUACACCUCGGCAAACGCGCAGCUACUGACGAUUCCGCCAUACAUGAUCGGUGCCUUCUCUGCAUUUGGCUUCUCCUUCUUUGCCGACAGAAUCACAUGGCGGGCGCCUUUCAUCCUGGCUCCUCAGUGCUGCCUGAUCAUCGCAUUCAGCAUCCUCUUUUCCAAGAGCGCAAACGUCACCAACAAUGUGCCUCUAUGCUACUUUGGCAUUUGCCUCGCUUGCUUCGGCAUGUAUCCCAUCCUGCCUGGCGUCAAUGCUUGGAAUGUUGCCAACACGCCCUCGCCCACAAAGCGUGCUGUCAGCAUCGGUUUCCUCGUCUGUGUCGGCAACAUUGGUGGUCUCAUUGGCAGCUACAUCUACCUCGAUAGCGAGGCUCCGUCCUACCCCACGGGCUAUGGUACCUCGUUUGGUUUCGCUGCCGCGGGUAUUAUCGCCGUCAUCGCCCUCGAGCUGUCCCUCAAGAGACUCAACAAGAAGAAAGAGGAGCUCAACGAGGAUGAGAUCCGGCGCCAGUACACGGAUGCGGAGCUCGACGCGAUGGGCGAGAAGAGCCCGUUGUUCAAGUAUGCUCUCUAG